AUGUCUUUGAUAGCAGAGUGGUCUAUAUUUACGAUUCAAAUACAAAAAACAUUUUCAUCAACAAUGCACCAAGAGCUAGCUAUAAAAAAAGUUGGUGCGCGUCAACAAGGGCUUGAUGAAACUAUUUUGCAUUAUUAUAAUGAUAUGAUGGAAUUGUUUGACAUGAUGGAUACGGAUAUGACUGAUCAGUUAAAAGUUGCAUAUCUGAAAGCAGAUCUCAAAGUUUCUUUAAAAAAAGAUGUGAUGCGACAGGACCCAAAAACCCCAGCACAAUUCCUGGAAGUGGCACAAGUGGAAGAAAAAUUGGACUCGUAUGAAUUUUAUACGAAAGUUCAAGCAAGUGCGAAUAAUCUGUUAUUCAAGGCAAUUGAUGAGACGACUCAAGAAUGUAAACGAAUUCCCCUUGGUGAUGGAAUUGUGGAUGUCAAGAAUAAUAUUGUUCAAUUAAUGAUUUAUAAUCCCACAAAGAAAUUAGUAACACUUCCCAGACGUAUGUUUUUGGGAACAAUUGAUCAUUUGGCUUCAGAUACAUAUUGUUCAACAUUAUUUUCAAAUGGAAUAACGCAGGAAUGUGAUGUCAACCAAGAAAAAGAAGCACAAACUGUACCAUUAAAUACUAUUACUGACUCAUUAAGCCAGCAUCUCAAAAUCAAUGAACAACAAUAUCAACACUUACUAAAUUUUCUACAAGAACAUCGUGUACUGUUUGAUACCUCUCAACCAAGAACGAUCAAGACCAAGAUACAGCAUGUAAUCGACACAGGUGAUCAUUCUCCGGUAAAUGCAAAGCCAUACUUUAAGACCAUUGAUCAACGUAAAAAUGUUCAACAAGAGACAGAUAAGAUUCAAGCAGCAAAUAAGUUAAAACAAGUAUUAACAGAAGAGCCACUAGUAUUGAAGUAUCCCCAUCCAACUGCACCGUUUAUUCUGGCUACUGAUGCAUCGGAAUUGUUAACACCAAUUCUUCUCGGUUCGACAUCUGCGCCCAACAGACGAGAUAUUAUCAAUUCUAACCACAAUGGAUUAUGA